GCCGGGGGGAUUUUCACCUUUCAUUCCCGGGUUAUAUCCACAAUCCUUGCCCCAAACUAAUAUCAUCCGCUCGGUCGCUCCAACAAACUUGAUCGGAGAGAUGGACAAAGCUGGUCCGUCCCGGUCCAAAAGGAGUCGGUCCCGAAGGUCACGCACGCAGAUCACGCCUGAUGGCGAUGUGCGAUCAGUCCAUAGCAGGGAUGAGGAUUGGGAUGUACCCCAGGCACAAAAGAAGCUGAAGGGAAAAGUUAUUCAACCUGAAGGGUCCAGGAGGUCAGCGUUUCAAAGGCUUGGCCAUGAAGGCCGAAAUCAAAACCGACUAACCAAAGAACGACUAGGGGUGGAAACAACCCCGUUGAGUGCUUUUGAUCGCCUGGGUAGAGGGGCCGAGCGACCUGGUCAGACCAGGCGCACGGAACCUCCUCAUCGCGAAGAGCCCCAACAUAGUCGGGCGCCCCAUGAAGAAGAAGCGGAGAGCCACCCCAGGCACAUGACUCGUACUCAUGUUGAACCACGGGAUCGUGUGGGCCGGGUGGAGGCACGUCUGGAGAAACUACAGCGCCGGGUGGACCGGGAAGAGAAGAAGAAAGUUCUGUUGAACGAAUCCCCGUUCACAGACCGGGUCCAUGAAACCCCAUUUCCAAAGAAGGCAAAACUUGAGGUCCCAAAGUUCACCUGGAAGGAGGACCCGGAAAUUCACGUCAAAACCCUCCAUCAAAGCGGACGGAUGAUGGGUCUUUCCGGGGAUGAGAAGUGUUUGCUUUUCUUUCAAACCCUCCGCGGACGCGCCGCUGAGUGGUUUCAUAACUUACCGGCCGGAGAGAUCGAUUCUUUCGAUGAACUGGCUGAGGUGUUUCAGGAAAAGUUCAAAGAAAACUGCACAAAGAGAAAAAAGUUUACCUAUUUAAGUACAGCCGGGCAGCGAGAGCACGAGGAUUUCACCAAAUUUCUCACCCGGUGGAAGGAUGAAGUUGACAAGGUGGAGGAGAUUGACGAUAAAACAGCCAUGUCCCUCCUGGUAUCCGGGCUCCGGUCCGGAGAACUGUACAAAGAGUUCUGCAAAAGGCCACCCCAAUCAUAUCAAGAGGCCUACUACACAGCCUGGGAUUAUGCAGACGCCGAAGCACAGGUGUCGUCCAAAAGGGAGGCCGAGCAGGGCCAUUCCAAAGGAAAAAUUUCUUUGAAAAAGGAAGUUCAACUGCCCGGUAGGGCAAAGGCUGAAGUCAUGGAGGUAAAGCCGGUCAAAUCAGAGAAGAAACCGACCGGUGAAAAACAAUGGACGGAGAAGUAUUGUUCCUUCCACAAAACUGAUUCCCAUAACACUGCGGAAUGCAACAGUGUGAAGGGAGUAAUCAAGCAAAUGAUUGAGGCUGGAGAGAUUGAUCCGGAAUAUUUGGCCCAGGCCAAACAAAAGAAAAACCAAUGGGUUAGGCCUGAAGGACAGCCGGCCGAACAGAACAAGAAGAAGAAAGCAGCCGGCAAGGAGCAUUUAAAGGUCAUCUACGGCGGACCAGAAGGGGGAGAUUCUGCUUCUCAAAGAAAGAAAUGGGGGCGAGAGCUCUACGUUGGAACAGUGGCCCUAGAUCCCCGGUCGAAACAAGCGAGACGGGAACCGAUCACUUUUACUGACCGGGACCUUCCUGCCAACGGAGAAGACCACAAUGACCCCCUGGUGAUAACUAUGGACAUGGGUGGAGUUGAUGUCUCCCGAGUACUCAUUGACACGGGCAGUAGUGUUAACGUGUUGUACCUGGAUGCAUUUGAGAAGCUCAAGUUGUGUCGAACACGGCUUGAGCCCUUAAAGACUCCCCUGUCUGGGUUUACCGGAGACUCAGUCGAAGCUGAAGGGUCGAUCCUUUUAACUUGUGAGCUGGGCACAGGUGAACAGGUCGUCCAAAAGCAAAUGAGGUUUGUAGUUGUGAACAUCAAAUGUGUUCACAAUGCCAUUUUGGGCCGGCCUGGAAUAAACAAGGUCCGUGGGGUCAUCUCCAUGGCCCAUCUCUGUAUGAAAUUCUAUACCCCGGGGGGUAUAGGACAAGUCAGAGGAGAUCAAAAGAAAAUGACAAAGGCGUUUGAGAGAGUCACUCUGGUCUCUCAAGAGGAAGACCGGUCGAAGCUAGAACCGGGCGAUGAAACCGAGCAGAUUGUUCUCCGGGAAGCUUUCCCGGAAAGAAUGUUCAAAAUAGAAUAUAAACCAAGGACUGCAAUUAAGGGUCAAGCUUUGGCAGACUUCCUCGUCGAACUGACUGGUUUAGAGCCCGAAGCCGGACCUUCCCAUACGGUCGAACCGUGGUGGGAUAUUGCCGUUGAUGGGGCCUCUGGACCGAAGGGAUGCGGGGCCGACGUAGUCUUCACUACGCCGGAAGGGUUCAAGAUCUACCAUGCCUUAGUUUUUAAUUUCAAACUCACUAAUAAUGAGGCGGAGUAUGAGGCAUUGGCCGGUGGUCUCAGAUUAGCCCGGUCUCUCGGGGUAAAAAGGAUGAAGAUCCGUUCCGAUUCAAGUCUGGUUGUCGGACAGGUCAAUGGUGAGAUGGAAGUAAAGGAAGAUCGCCUGGCCCGGUAUAGUGACCUAGUCCGAGCACUCCUAAGGGAGUUAGAAGAGUUUCGUCUGACCAUGAUACCCCGGUCAGAAAACGCUGAUGCAGAUAUGCUUUCAAAAUUGACGCAAGCCUGCCCGGAGCAUGUGUCAAAGUUGGCGAAAAUCGAGAUACUGGCCGUGCCGAGCACAGACCGGUUUGAAGUCGCGGCCAUCCAACCGGGCCAGACUUCAGCGACCGGAAUAAUCGGAGUAGAUGAUGACUGGAGGUACGAACUCAUGGAGUAUCUGGAGACCGGUCAGAAGCCGGAUGACGAGGAACGAGCUAGGAAAGUGGUCCUACGGGCUCCACGUUUCCAGGUAAUCGAUGGUCAUCUAUACAAGUGUGCCAUUGGCGGACCACUCUUGCGUUGCCUUACCAAUCCUGAAGCUGAACGGGUAAUAAUAGCUGAGGUACAUGAGGGAGUUUGUGCAGCCCAUCAGAUGUCACGCACUUUGGCUCAAAGAAUAAUAUUGCUUGGCUACUACUGGCCGACCAUUGUUGGAGAUUGUGAAAGAGUGACUUCAAGAAGAGCAACUGGAGAGACUCCUUUCGUGCUCACUUACGAAUGUGAAGCCCGGCUACCAGUGGAGGCAGAAAUUCCAACAUUUAGGGAAGCCGUGUACCAGCCCGGUCAGAAUGAGGUCGACCACCUCGCUGAGCUGAACCUGGUGGAAGAACGAAGGACCACAACAGCUGUCAAGAUGGCCGGUUACCAGCAGUCAGUAAAGCGGUAUCAUGACAACCGGGUAGGCCCGCGAUAUUUCCAAGUGCAUGAUGAAGUUUUGCGCAGAAGGGAUGCUAGUAAGCCUAAUGAGAGGGGCAAGCUGGUACGUAACUGGGAAGGGCCCUAUCGCAUAAAAGCAAUCCUCAGACCGGGCACUUACCAGUUGGAAACUAUGGAAGGUGGCCGGGUCGACCGAAAGAUUCAUCUCAUACACCAACCGGUAAUUGGUUACAUACCAAUCUGCCCGUUUAGAUUUCCAAUCGGAUUGGACGCGCCAAAAAAAAGACCGGUCUGACCGAUCCAACACCUCAUCCGUACUGACACGGGAGAUAGAAACGAUUUGGCUUAACUAAAGGGAGAGCAUCCCGGCCAGUUUAAGCCAGAUCGUUCUGAAGAAUAACUUAAGGUUUACCUU